AUGUCUGCGAGUGACGUCGGACUAACACAUAUCAACCUGCUCGUGGACAAUAGUACCUUUUUGAAACGAGUCUCUUUCGACACCUUCGAUAACAAGGAUGCCUCUGAUUUUUCGCUCACGCUGAAAUCAAAGCACAAGGACUAUGCCUACACCCGACGAUCGCGCACCUUUCUCUGCGGUACAGAUCAGAAUGAUUAUUCGGAAUUCGCGCUCGAGUGGCUCAUCGACGAGCUCGUCGAUGAUGGCGACGAAAUCGUCUGCCUGCGUGUUGUCGAUAAGGACAGUAAAAUGAGCAGUGAUUCUGCACUGCAGGAAAAGCAGUACCGACAAGAAGCCAAGAAGUUGUUGAACCAAAUCAUAGAGAAGAAUGAUGAGGACAAGACAAUUUCCAUCAUCUUAGAGUUCGCCGUCGGGAAAGUACACGAGACGAUCCAGAAAAUGAUUCAUAUUUAUGAGCCUGUGAUUUUGAUUGUGGGCACUCGUGGUCGUUCACUGGGUGGCCUGCAAGGCCUCCUCCCAGGUUCCGUCUCAAAAUACUGUCUCCAGCAUUCACCGGUUCCGGUCAUCGUCGUGCGACCAUCAUCAAAACGGGAGAAGAAGAAGGAAAAACGAAAGGCCGAUCCCGGUAGAAAGGUCUACCAAGAGAUAUUGCAAAGCUCGGGUGAAUUCAUGACACACAACAACCACAGUCAUGGUGGUGUCUCUGCGAUUUCAGGAAUCACAGAGGGCAUGUCGAACACGUCGAUUAGCUCACUUGGGGAAAUCAGCCCGGGGACUCAAAUUGACCCAGAAGUGUCCCCCAAAACCUCGACAUUUGCUACCUCAGACUCGCCUUCUCCGCAAUCGCUCACGCCGAAUCUUGAGGCGACACCUAUUAGCACACCGACGGAGGAGAAGCAGGAGGGAAGCAAGUGA